AACACUCACAGCCAACAUGGACAUAGUGACUCUUCUCCUCAUAUUCCUGGUCUCCUGCGUCCUGUGUUUCUACACCUGGAACAGCAUGUACAGGGGACAAAACCUGCCCCCUGGACCUACCCCACUGCCCAUUCUCGGGAACCUUCUCCAGCUGAAGUCAGGGCAGAUGCUGGAAUGCCUGUCAAAGAUGCAAAAGAAGUACGGGGAUGUGUAUACUCUGUAUCUCGGGCCCCGGAGAGUGGUGGUGCUAUGUGGGUACGAUGUUGUCAAGGAAGCCCUGGUGGACAACAGAGACGAAUUUGGAAUGAGAGGCCUCUUGCCAGUCAUAGACCCAUAUACUAUGAGCCAUGGUGUUAUUUUCAGUAAUGGGGACCGCUGGAAAGAACUCCGCCGCUUUUCCAUCCAGACUUUGAAAAAUUUUGGGAUGGGAAAACGAUCCGUUGAAGGGAGAACCAAGGAAGAGGUGCAAUACCUAAUAGAUGAAUUUAAAAGAAACAAUGGAGAACUGAUUGACCCUAUCUAUCACUUCAGCCAGGUGGCAUCUAAUAUCAUAUGCUCCAUUAUUUUUGGGAAUAGAUAUAAGUACGAUGACCCUGAUUUCCGAAGACUCAUGCAGAUCAUAAAUGAAAUAUUUAUAGGAAUGUCGUCACCCUGGGGACAGUUUUUCGACAUGUUUAAUGUAGUGAUGAAAUAUUUACCAGGACCCCACCAUAACGCAGUCAAAAGUGCCUACAAGUUGGAGAAGUUUGUUCAAGAAAAGUUGGAGAUAGAUCGUAAAACCCUAAACCCGGACUGCCCACGCAACAUGAUAGAUAGUUUCCUUAUAAGAAUGGAAGAGGAAAAAAACAAUCCCUCAUCUCAUUUCACCCUGAACAACUUAUAUAAAAACAUGACAAGUAUUUUUGUUGCUGGCACAGAGACAUUAAGCACGAUGUUAAGGCAUGGAUUUCUGCUCUUCCUGAAAAAUCCUCAUAUUAAAGAAAAAGUCCAAGAGGAGAUUGAUCGCGUCAUUGGCCGAGACCGAGUCCCGGAACCAGAGGACCGACCUUCCAUGCCGUACACGGAUGCGGUCAUACAUGAGAUCCAGCGCUACGCCAACGUACUACCCAUGAACCUACCUCAUGCUAUAGCAAAGGACACACAAUUCCGUGGCUUCACCAUUCCCAAGGGUACAGAUGUAUUUCCAGUCCUGGCAUUUGUUCUGAAUGAUCCAAAAUACUUCCCUGACCCAUCCACCUUCAACCCUGAUCGCUUCUUGGAUGAAAACGGAGAUUUUAAGAAGAAUGAGGCCUUCAUGGCUUUCUCUGCAGGGAAACGAGUCUGCCUCGGGGAGAAUCUUGCUCGUCUAGAAUUGUUUAUUUUCAUCACUACCCUUUUGCAGCAUUUCGAUAUCAGUACUCCAGAAAAUCCAGAGGACAUGGACAUCUCCCCUCAGAUGGUGGGCUUCUCCAAUGUCCCCAAACCAUACAAUAUCAGCUUCAGUCCACGAUGAACCAGUAAUGGAAACAUGUAGAACAAAGUAAUUAUUGAAUAUUACACCAGAAUAAUCAAACACCAA